AUGACUCACUGGUCAACUACAACUCAAGACGCCCUAUCCGUCGGAGCCCCUGCCGCCACCGUCGACGACUACAGCAUAUACCAAAAAAACUCCAAAACAAAAACUGAAUAUGUGGCUUCCCCUGCCGGUCUCGUCGGGCUGCCGCGGCGGUGGCCGUCACUGAGGAGCCGCCGAUGUUCAUCGGCAGAGAAGGCAGGUCACCCUCGAGUGGUCCCGCUGAUGGAUGUGUUUGUUGGGGGAUCUCUUGAAACUUGUGGAGUUUGCUUGUUUGCAUCAAAGAAUAUCAAAGUACUAAACUUUGUUAAAAGAUAUAAUAAUGAUAAUAAUAAUGAGGCUGUUUUGACGUGGAACCAUUCUUCUCGUUUUGUGGCAUUGGUGAAGUACUAA